AACCAAGUGUUGCCAACUUUGUUAUUUCUUAACCUACAUCACUCUCGCCCAAAGUCAACAGGUUCGGCCGACUACGAAUCAACAGGCAAGAAGUUUGAAAAUUGUGCUUCCCAAAACCCGCCCAUCUACAAGCAUCAACUUCACCACUAGCUCCUGCCCAAGCAAGAGAGCGAAGCGGUUCCAGCUGUUGUCAAAUUGUAAGUUGCCUUCUCUUUCCUGUGGAAUCACCGAGUAUUGACAUUCAUCACCUCGGCCUUCCUCCUAUACCCUACAUCCUGACAGUUUCUGGAAGCCUGGAACAACCUGAGCACCUGCCUCAUCGUCUAAUUUUACUUUCUACAAGUCACUUGUCGCUGCAAACUUUCCUUUUACCUGCUCCUGCCUGCGAUUGCCUGCCAUUAGUCGUUUUUGUCGGCGUACACUUCUACCACGCUCUUUUCCUCCCAGCCACCAUCUCUUCCACAAAUCCUUCCCUGCCUCUCUCCUCCGGAUCCCCUGCCCCCCCAGCUACAAAUCUGAACCCACAGAUAUUUUCUUUUCACACAUUUUUACAAUCGAUUAUCCCUAACCGCUUCACCAGCCGAUCGCAACCUCAAAGAUGGCAAGCAACGCACGCUACCCGCGGAGUAACGCCCGCCGACAAAGUGGAAAUGGAAACCGCGGAUGGAUGUGGCAGAACAAGCCCUCCAACAGCAGCAACAACGGCCACGAUGACGGGGAAGACGAUUGCCGCCCUCGACCCAACAACAAUAAAACCUAUGUCUCGCUCAUUUCCGACGACGAAGACGAGGAGGAGGAGGACGGUAAGGCCGCUUCCCAGAAAAGAAACGUUAGUUACGUCGACACCCCCAACAAUAGUCCAGCCACGAAGAGAAUUGCUUCCUCGUCUGUUUCUUGGACCGAUCAAACUCCCUUCGCUGCUGCCAGCACUGCACUUCCUGCCAGUGGUUUUCGGACGCCUCCUGCCCCGUUUCACCAGAACGACACAGUUACCCAGCUGGCUGCACGGGUACAUGAGACGCAAGAUGAAAAUGAGAAGUUGAGGGUGAGGAUGGCUAAAUUCGGGAUGAUCACGGCGGAGAAGGAUGCAGAGAUAGCCUCGCUCCGCGCGAUCAUUGAAGAGAACCGGCAAACGGCCGCGAAGAAUUCUUCAACUGGUAUCGGGCCGGUCCAGCAAAAUCCCAACGGGCAGCAGCAAGCUUCGCAAGGACCAGCUAAGCCAUGCACCAGCUGCGGUGGUACCGAUACGCUCAAGCGAGAGGUCGCCGACUUCACAGUCAAUCUCGCCAAGGCGAGGAGCACUGUCGUCCACCAGCACGACGAGAUCAAGGAACUCAGGGAGGAAGUCAAGACCAACAAGGCAGCUCUCGUUGAGGAGCGUGCUGCGGUAGACCAGCACAAGAUUAGUAUCGACCAGCUUACUCUCAACCUGGAGGCUGAGCAAGCGACUGUCAAGAAUUUCCACACGACCCUAGCCGAGAAUCAGCUUACCAUCGACAAUUUGAACCAGCAGCUCGCCGCACAGAGUCAGGAGCUUGCCUCGAAAAACCAAGAGCUGGAUGCGCAGCGCCAAUGGUGCUCUACCCAGGGCACAGAGCUUUCUGAAACCCGAGCUACCAUCACGGAUCUCAAGAGCCAACUCGCCUACAAACAACACGAGCUGGAAGUCGCCCGAUCACAAUCGGAGGAAGACAAAACCUCCAUGGCUGAGCUCAACAUUGCCAUUGAAGACUUCAAAAAGCAAGUGGCUAACGGCCAGGCGUCCCUCGACAAUGCUCGCACCACCCUCUUUGUCAACGGCACAAUCAUGCAGGAUCUGAAAGACCAGGUCGUCGCUACCAGAGAGGGCGACAGCUCUGGAGGCGCAAACAAGGGCAAGGACAAGCUUCCGGACCUUGAGGCAGAGUCACUGAGGGUCAGACUUAAAGACUCUGAGCACGAGAUUGAGACUCUGAAGCAACGGCUCGACAAGGCUGAGAAGGAGUGCGAGGGGUUCCGGACUAAUUACCACAAAGACCAGCAAGAAAAGGAGAAUUUUGGAAGUAAUCUCAGGUCUGUCUGGGAGAAGGAGUAUGAGGCCAACGCACGCGUCGAAGGUUUGGAGGAGGAACUGGCUCGUCAACAGCGGCAACUUGUUGAGUCAGAGGCUGAGUUGAGGCAGCAGCAAGAGAGGGUUGGUGAGUGUGAAGCGAGACUUGAACAACAGAGACAAGCCUUUGAUCAAGAAAAGGAAAUGAUGGAGACCGUGAUCGCGAGUCUCGAAGACGAGUUGACCCGCCUCAGGUCUGAAGCAACACCCAAGAUGGAGACACUGAAAGCCACUCUCCAGAGCGUCAAUGAGCAGCUUUCUCGCGUUCAGUCAGAGAGAGACGAGGCUGUCAAAGAUGCGAAUGGGCACAGAGACAUGUACCAACGCCAGGCUGGCAAGCUUGAGUCGUCAAAAAAGGCAUCUGACAUGUCUCGCGCUUACGUGACAUCGCUCAAGAACCAACUCGCCACCAAGGGUGAGCAAAUCGCCCAUCUCGAAGAGAAAGUCAAGGAUCUCGAAGUUGAACUCGCCGCCUGCCAAAACUGGGCGAUUGAGGGCGAGGCGCAGAGGGUGCAAGCGCAGGAGGAGCUUCAGAGGCACAAGGCGCAGGAUGACAAGAAUCUGGAGACGAUCAAGCAGCAUGAGGCAACCAUUAUCCAGCUCGACACAGAAGUGGCAGGUCAAUCACAAACCAUCCAGGCAAUGCAAGCUACCGUUGCCGAGCUCCAAGCCCAGCUACAUCCUGGCAAUGGACCCGGCAACCAAGCCGCUAUCCAAGCCCAUAUCGCCCAUCUCGAGAGUCGGAUCCAGCAGAAAGAUAUGGAGUUGGCCUCAGCCAAGGAGCUACUCGACCGGCUCUUCAACCAAUACAACGACCUCACCCACGAGCGGGCGAAACUGGCGGAGAGUAACAAGACAUUGUGUGCGCAUAUGAACAAGCUAGGGGCGGAAAGGGACCAGGCGUUGCAUACUCUCGAAGCAACCAAGGCCGCGCUGCUUCAGGCUAAAGACGACGCCGACUUUUUCAGAAGACGGGAGAAGGCCCUUGAGGAAGGGGGCGACCCGGAAUUUGCGCACAUGGAGAGCGAAUGGGCGCCUAAACUUAGGGAUGCCAAGGCUCAACAUGAGGAGGCGUCCAGGGAGUUGGAGAGAUGUCGGCAGAAGGUUGAGGAGUUGCAGAUACAGUUACAGACUGUCUCUCGGCAAAAGAACGAGACACUCCAGCAACUGGAAUCCAGCAGAGGGCAGUUGGCUAAGUUUCAGCUCACCGUGGAAGACCUGAACAGCCAGUUGUCCAAGGCAGCGGAGGGCUGCAUGGGCCCAGCCGUGUUGUCCAGCUUGAUGGAAGCGGGGAGCACGAUCGACCCAGUGGUCAAAGACAUGCUGCAAAAGGCUAGAGAGAUCCAGUCCGCUGGUGACAUCCCCAGAAAGGAUGGAAAUGGAGUUUCUUCCAUGGAACCCAUUACAGAUGUGGCCAUGGUCCUCCCCAUGGCCCUCCGAGCUGAGCCGUUUCCAGAUUGCAAACUCAAGUCUCUGAAGAAAGAAGGCCUCUACAAGAUGAUUAGAGACCUAGAAGCAGAGCACGAGAGGAUUGAUGACGCGAUCCGGGCUCUCAUCAUGCGUGUCAGGGCUGAAAAGAUCAAAACGGCGGCGCUGGAGAAGGAGGUGAGGGUGUGGAAGGCGAUCUCAACGACAAAGGACAUGCUGAUUGACCAAGCUACGGCGCGGCUUCUUGGUUCCCCUCAUAGAGCGGAGAUCAAGGAUCAUGCCGACUUUGGCUUCGACCUCGACUUUAACGAGCGGUCCCCGAAGCCGGAACUCGACGUAGAAAUGAUAGAUGUCGUGCCUCCUCGAAAGUCGUUGGUCAUGACAUUUGGCCCAACCCGGAAGGGGUACCAGUGCUGGAAGGGCGACGACCUCCCUGGCUACGAUCGUUUGGACGUCGACGCCAGCAAACAGGACCGGCUCGGAUACUUGACCGGCAAGGGGAAAAGAAUCUUCAAGUACCUCGAAGAUCGUGGUUGCCCUCCGCAUCCAGAGGUUCCUGGUCCGUCUCCUGGACCUAUAAUGGUCUCGGCUCCUCAUUCUGAGGCCAGCAUGGACAUUGAUGACGAAGAAACCGGCUCGCGCUACACCGCCAGUGAAACAGCCUCCUCUCCGCUCCGACCAUUAGCACCUUCGUUGCGUUCGUCAAGCUCUCACCCCUCCCCAGCUUCGCUACCACCUGUGGAAUUGGGCGUUGCUCGCCGCGGUGGUGCUUCCUCCAUCCAUUAUGAGCCACCAAGCACCCCGAGCAGCACCCAAUCCUACACCAGCGCCGUGUACCCUGCCCCGACCUCUACUCCAUCCUAUCGAGGGUUUCCAAGAGGGAGAUACACCGCUAACAGGUUCAGACCAUCCUCCGCUCCGGCGUUCGCCGGACCAAGCUAUCCUCCCCGUCGCACGUCUGCGCCCACUAGCACUCCUCAGAGUUGGGCUGCUGGUGAUUUUGUCGAGCAAGACGACAUCGAUAUGGAGGUCUUGGGGUCGGGCUUUACCAUGGAGAGUAUCGAACAGCCUGAGGAGCUAGAGCCAGAGCCUCCGACGGACAAGGGGAAAGUGAAGGAGAGGGCGGGGUCCGGGCCGGCAGAGGGGUAUGGGGUUGAUUAACUUGGUCUUUUGGGGGCCUUUAUCCUCUCCACGCUAAGAAAACGGAGAUUCUCUGCUAUCUUUCAUCGCUUUGGAACAAAACCAGGACGGGAAAAGGGGGGAACAUGCAUCAAUUUCAGGCGUUAUUUUUCUGGUGGCUUUGUACUUCUAUUUAGCAUUGCAUUAGCGGCACGGUGCCGCAGGAUGGUACCCAUUUCUUCUGCAUGGGAACGGAGUCUGGGGUGGCAAUGGGAGUUUUCUUGUAGUUCUAUGAUGAUACCGGGGGAAUGUAAAUGCGGGAAGGAUGCAGUAUCGUUGCGGUUAUUGCUGGAGGUUGAGUAUAGUUUUGUAGCAGAUAUAUGGACACGUAUAUUGAGAACC